UGUGUGGAAGUUGGGCUGUGUUGGCUCUCUGCGGUUUUUUCUUUUGUUGAUAUCCUUUCGAAUGCAGUAGAAGUGCAAAAUUUGAAGCGACGCCAUGCCCACCACCUGUGUUUUUCAGCUGGAUCGACUGAAUCCCGUCUACAACAGCGGAGAGUACAUUAGCGGACGCAUUCUGUUACGAACGGAUAAGGUGAAGCGCGUCAAUGCGGUCUAUGUGACACUGGAGGGCGAGGCCAAGGUUCAGUGGACAAUGAGCGGGAAGAGCGAAACGGCCAAUUAUUCGGGCCAUCAGCAGUACCUGCACUCCCGCACGAAUGUCUUCGACAACACCCUGUUCCGUGCUGGCGUCCAUGUCUACGUCCUGACUCUGCGCAUCCCGCCCGAUUGUCCAAGCAGCUGCAAGGGGCCCUAUGGCUACAUUGCCUAUACCAUCUCCCUGACCAUCGACAAGCCCUGGGGAUUCGAUGAGGUCUUUCGCAAGCCCAUCACAGUUGUGCAGACAUUGGAUCUUAACUUCAAUACAGAGUUUGCGCUUCCGGUCAAGGAUGAGAACGUGAAAUAUCUUUGCCAUUGGCCCUGCGUUUCGGGUCCCAUUUGCUCGUCCCUGGCCUUGCCUGCCUCUGGGUUUACGCCUUUGCAGGAGGUGCCCUUCCGCCUGGAGGUGGACAAUCAAUCGCCGCACUACGACAUCAUCGGCGUGGAGGUCUCCAUCAGGCAGCACUUUGUCUUCCUCUCGCGCAAACCCGUAAAGCGCAAUUUCUAUACCAAAACGCUGACCAAGGAAUUGAUCACGGAUCGCACUCUGCGGCUGUCCAAGCGGCAGUAUGAGUCCAGCAUCUGCGUGCCCAUGGACACGCCCCGUUCCACCUUGAACACCAAUUACAUUGUCUUUCUCCACUACACGCUGCAGGUGAAGCUAAAGACGGGCUGCUUUCACUACGACACGGACCUGUCCGUGCCCAUUAUUGUGGGCACCACAUCGCUGCAGCAUUUGCGGAGCUCCGUCCACACCACACAACCGGCGGUGAGGACAACCACCCCGGAGAGGCAGCGACUGAUAGAGCGAGUGUCACCCCGUCCCCCAGUGGUGGUCGAGGAAGAGGAGACGAUCCUGGAGACGACUACGGAUGAUCCGCAUCAGGCGAUAGAUGAUGAUGAGCCGCCCUCGUACGAUAGUUGCCUUCCACCUUCCUUCAGCUUUGCCACUCUUGCAGGCAGCCAACAGACCCUGGAAAGCCAUGGCGGCCAACAUGUGGUCCUCCAUCAAAUCCAUAUGCCUAAAUUUCCAGGAUUCAGCACCUUUAUUGGAAGGGCUCCGGCCCAGGGAAUGGAGGAUUCCGGUCUGGACAUGCAGUUGUAUCGUUCGUAUGGCUCUUUGAACACCGAUCAAACGGGUCGUAGUCUGGACACCUUUGGUUCCCUUUGCGGUCCGCUGUCCGAGCAAGUAGAGCUAGAGAAUGAGAACGAAGUGCAGGUGCAGGUGGAAGUGGAGGUGGAUGUGGAUGUGCCAGCACAAGUGCAUCAGCCACGACCACGCCCUCGCCAGAUAGAGGCCAUUCAGCAGGAUGAGCAUCUAUUUUAGGAAUAAAAGUGUCUUAAAUCGAUAGCGAUAUACGUAUUAACAUCCUAAGUAACAUAAGUGUUCAAACCAAAAGGCUUAAUCCAUAUACAUUUUGUAGGGUGGACCCGAGUCCGUCGUCCUAGGAUUACAGAGUGAAACGAACUUAUUGAAGUGCCAAAAAACAUACAUUUUUCUAGCAUAUAGUAUAUGUAUCUUAUUGCUUUUUU